AUGAAUACAUAUUUUUAUCUGUUCAAAACAAACUACAACAUGCGUCACUUCUUACUGUUCAUCACAAGUUUCAUUCUUCUUCAUGUUCAACAAUCCACACAAGACAACUUACAUAUGAUCAAGUCGAAAAUAUCGUGGAUAGAAGACAGGUUACGUUGGAAUGAAGUCAGUUUUCGGAAGAACAAUGCGACUUUGGCUAUUGUGGAGAAAGCGUUACACAAACAAAUAGAAAAAGUCAAUACUAAACUGUCACUUGUCGGAUUGUCUGUUGAUAAACAUGUUUUUUGCAAAAGAAAAGAAAUGGAAGGAAAAACUGGAGUCACACUUAUGCAGAAUCUGGUGAAAGUUAUUCAGGUAGAAGAGGAUUUGGGAUAUACUAAUAGUUACAUAGCAAAAAUGAAGCAGUGCUUUCAGAAUAAGACAAACAAAUAUAAAGAACUCGUCAGAAUAUAUGGAACUGGAAUUUGUUUAUUUUCUCAUCCGUUAAAAGAGUUUCACGAAAUUUAUCCUAUUGAGGAUAUGAACGUACAAUUGUACAGAGAAAUCGGAGCACAAGCUGAAAUUGUAUUUGAGAAGAAAUUAUUUACGGCGUUAUUAAAUGAUCAGAAGAAAUUGAUACCAGCAGAAUAACUGAACCACCUGGAACUUAUUUUUUCUUCUUAUCACCCAAUGACUUUUCGCAAGAAACAGUGCUGAGUGACAAGAUCUUACCUUGGAAAUAAACACUUUCAUUGACUUUUAUUAUUAUUAUUAAUACUGAUGUUAAUUUCACUGAAACUAUUCCAUUCUUGAUAAAUAAUGCUGUCCUCAUUCAUUGUGUAAAAAUUAACCUUUGAAACACGAAUGUGCGAAUGGAAAAUAAUAAAGCAGGCGAUUACUAA